AUGAUGUCCUCCUCAUCACCAGAUGCAGCUCAAGAAUCACCCUUUCGGUUGGGCUAUGUGACCGAUGUGGAAGGGAAUCUGGACUACUUUUUGCGCUAUGUGGAACACUCCAAAGUCUUGACGAUUCGACAACACACGCCGCUGAAAUUAGAGUUGCUGUCGGAUUGCUAUUUUGUCUUUGGCGGCGAUGCCGUCGACAAGGGACCUGGUGACAUUCGAUUGGUCCGGGCAUUGGUCGAUUUGAAACGGCGGUAUCCCGAUCGCGUCGUUUUGUUGGUCGGCAAUCGCGAUUUGAACAAACUUCGCUUGACGGCCGAAUUGGCACAAGAUGACAUGGAACGACCCAUUCGGGACAUUCCACCGCCGCAUUGGGAUCCCAGUGCUCCCUCCUUGUUGGAAUUCUUGCAAGAAAAACUGCAACAAAAAGAACAGCAAUCCACAACAAAAACUACUCUGGAAGAUCUCAAUACGCGAGUCAAUCGACUGCAUUACAUGCUCCAACAUACCCUUGGAUGUCCCAACACCUUUGAAUUUCGUCGACAAGAAUUGACCAUUCUCACAAACAAUGACGUCAUCACAGACGACCAAGUCUUGCAAUCCUUCUUGGAUGAGAUUAAGGAUGAACAUGGCUCUCUACGACAAUACUUGGAAUGCGCCCAGGUGGCUGUCAUUAUCGGUCAUACUCUAUUUUGUCACGGAGCCGUCGAUGUCCGGACCAUGCAAUUUGUCCCACGCCACGAUACCAAAUUUGAAAAUCCAUCCAGCCAACCACCUCCGGCUUUCAUGGAACCCAAUGUCCACAAAUGGACGCACGUAUUAAAUCAGUAUCUCCAAGUGGGAUUGGACGAUCAUCGACAACGUCCUUAUUGGAACUCUCAACGGAACAGUCGGGGCGGUGAAGCCCUCAUGGCGCUCCAGAAUCGACCCGCCAUGUGGGGACGCUCCAUUAUCAGCAAUUGUUAUGGCGACGGAGGAUGCAUCACCACCCAUGCGGCUGCGUUGGAACGCGAGGCGCGUGUCAUUGCCCAAGAAGAAACCACCAAUCCACUCGUCUUUGAAAAAGUCUGCAGCGAUCCAUUCGACGCAAGUGUGGCCGAAUGGUUAUUACUCACCCAAAAUAGUAUUCGACGUGUCGUGGUGGGACACAAACCCACGGGCGAUUGUCCGGCCGUCUUGUCGGCCGCGUAUACCGGGGUCGAAAUUGUGUCGGCGGAUACGUCCUUUUCCGAUACAAGUUGUGCCGACAAUCGCGGACAGGCCGUGUCCGUGGUGGAACUGGUGGGCUUCUCCGACAAGGACAAUCAAUUGGAAUUGCGGGGGGUGUUACGAAAUGGACAAGCGUAUGACUGUCAAUUUCCUCGCUUGACCACUGAAGAGGGGAUGGAUCCGUCUGUGGGAGAUGCACAGUUGGGACGCCAAGUGUUCUUGUCAAAUAACCAUAACGAUGGUGACGCGAGGGGUGGUGGGUCAAAGUAG